AUGCCAAGUGCGAUGCCCCUCCCACCCGCCAGCGGCAGGGUGGAGGUCGGCCGGGCCGACCUGGCCGUGGUACGGCUGCCGCGCGGAGGCGCCGCGGCUGCCGCGGAUGCCCUCGCCGACCUGGUCUCGCGAGGAGUGCCCACCCUCGCGGUGAUCCGCGAUUCCGCGGGGGACAGCGUCGUGCUGCCGCAGGGCGACGUGGACACCCUGCGGCCCCUCUGGCAGGACCCGAAAGUGGACCCCGAGCCGUUCGUCACCCUGAGCGUGGCCGACGCCGCGUCGCUGCAGGCUUUGUGCUCCGCGCUGGCCCAGGCCGGCGUGGAAGGCCUCGUCGCCGCCGUGCGCCCCUCCGCGCGGCCCUUCGCCGCCGUCCGCCGCGGCGACCUGGCCAGGGGCGGCGGCGCGCUGGGCGCGGCACUGGCGGCCGCGGGGCUCCGGCUGGCGCACCUGGGUCUGCGCGAGGGCCGCCCGAUUCAGCUGCAGCAGGGCGCCGUGCACGGCGGCUCCUGGGGCGGGCUCGGCGUCGUCUUCGGCCGCGACGCCGGCGCCGCGAGCGCAGGCCAGGGCCUCUGGGCGUCGCUGGGCACGGGCAGGGCGCCCCGGGCCCUGCGCUUCGAGGCCGCGCACGGGCUCUUCGCGGAGGUGAGGAUCCCCGCGGGCGCCGAGGCGGCGCUGACGCCCGCCGCGGCCGCGGCGCUCCGGCCGCCGCCGCGGAACGGCCGCGCCGCGGCGGGCGGCGACGCGGGGCGGCCCGGCUGGGCGCGGUUGGACGCGGGGGAGGACCUGGACGCCACUGCCGCGGCCCUCGAGCUCGCUCCUGGCCUGGGCCCCCCGCGGCGGGGCCUGUGGCUCUUCUGCGGCAGGCUCUUCGUGCGUGUCGUUGCCCCCGUGAUCCCCGAGCUCGCUCGGGAGCAGGACCAGCCGGAGGAGGCGGCGGCCGCUGCCGGCACCGGCGCCGGCGACGCGAGCGGCGAGGACCUCCGCGCCACGGGCGACGUGCUGCUGGGCCUCGUGGAGGGGCCGGGGAGGCUGCGGGCACUGCUGCGCUCGACGGGCGACCCUGGCGCCGACGUGGGCCCCGCCGAGCUGCGCCACGGGGAGGGCCUGCUGGUGCACGGGCCGCCGGGCGGGCCGCAGGAGGCCUGGCAGGUCGUGGAGCUGCGGGGCACGGACCCCUUCACCGCGCCAUGCGCCGUGCCCGCGCGACCGCCCCUGCUGCGGCCCGCGUCGGAGGACGGGGCCGCCGACGAGAGCGCGGAGGAGGAGGCCGGAGAAGGCGCCGAGGACGAGGAGGGCGACGGCGCCUCCUCCGACGACUCCUCCGACGCGCCCAAGGCACGUGCGGACAGGUCUCGCUCCAGGGACAAGAAGAAGAGCAAGGACUCCGAUAAGGAGAAGGAGAAGGAGAAGGACAAAGACCGCGGCCGUGAGAAGGACAAGGGGAAGGAUAAGGAGAAGGCGAAGGACAAGGAGCGAGACAGGAGCCGCAAGAAGGACGAAAGCAAGAAAGAGAAAGACAAAGACAGAGAGAGGUCCAAAGACCGCGACAGGGACCGGCGGGAUCGGGACAAG